CUUUGUGAAACUUUAAAAAUGUUGCAUCUCUGCUUCUCUGCUUGCACAGGAGCCCUCCUAGGCACUGAGUCCCUGAAACGGCAGCAUCCAGCCAGCGACCCAGCUCCCUGCUGACCACGAUGUCGGAAAAACCGAAGGUAUAUCAAGGUGUCCGGGUGAAGAUCACAGUGAAGGAGCUACUGCAGCAAAGGAGGGCACACCAGGCAGCCGCAGGGGACAACCUGUCUGGAGGCAGCAGUAUCCACCUUUCAGACCCAGCCACACCAUCCUCUGCAGGUCUAUAUUUUGAGCCUGAGCCAAUUUCUUCCACACCCAAUUAUGUUCAACCCCGAGAAUUUUCAAGUUGUGUUUCUUGUGAAGAAAACCCAAGCUGCCUCGACCAAAUCUUUGACUCCUACCUUCAAACAGAGACACACCCGGAGCCCUUGCUCAACUCCAUGCAAAGUGCUCCACACUAUUCCCCAGACAGCUUCCAGACGGCCCCCUUCUGCUCUAACCAAAGCCUGGUAAUUGAUCUCAGUUCUUUAUAUAACCUGAUUGUUGCUUACUAUGGGGUAGUGAUGCUUUGUAAGAGAGUUUGCAUCGUCUCUUGA